AUGCUUCUGCCCCUGCCGAAGGUGCUGCUCGCCCUACUUCUACCCACGUUCCUGGCAGUGGGAGGAGCCAGGCCGAAGGUCUGUUCCAGGGACCACAAUACCACCCUGCCUGCCCUACUGAGGCUUUCCAGCUGCCUGCUGGCCAACUACAACAAGGGCGUGCGACCGGUGCAGGACUGGAGGAAGCCAACCACCGUGUUCAUUGAUGUCAUGGUCUACUCCAUCAUCAACGUGGAUGAGAAGAAUCAGGUGUUGACCACGUACAUCUGGUACCGGCAGUGCUGGAAGGAUGAGCUCCUCCAGUGGGACCCCGAGGACUUCGACAACGUCACCAAGUUGUCCAUCCCCACGGACAGCAUCUGGGUCCCCGACAUUCUCAUCAAUGAAUUUGUGGACGUGGGGAAGUCCCCAUAUAUCCCAUACGUGUAUGUCCAGCAAGAUGGUGACAUCCAUAACUACAAGCCCCUCCAGGUGGUGACCGCCUGCAGCCUCGACAUCUAUAACUUCCCCUUCGACGUUCAGAACUGCUCUCUCACCUUCACAAGCUGGCUGCACACUAUCCAGGACAUCAACAUCUCCCUGUGGCGCAAUCCCGAGAAGGUGAAGUACGACAAGAGUGUGUUCAUGAACCAGGGCGAGUGGGAGCUGCUGGGGGUGCUGCCGCAGUUCCAGCAGUUCAGCAUCGAGGGCAGCGAGUACUAUGCGGAGAUGAAGUUCCACGUGGUUAUCCGCCGGCGGCCCCUAUUCUAUGCGGUCAGCCUUCUGCUGCCCAGCAUCUUCCUCAUGGUCAUGGACAUCGUGGGCUUCUACCUGCCCCCAGAGAGUGGAGAAAGAGUCUCCUUCAAGAUCACGCUCCUACUGGGCUAUUCCGUCUUCCUCAUCAUCGUUUCAGACACGCUGCCCGCCACGGCCAUUGGCACGCCCCUCAUUGGCGUUUACUUCGUGGUGUGCAUGGCCCUGCUGGUGAUAAGCUUGGCCGAGACCAUCCUCAUCGUGCGGCUGGUGCACAAACAGGACCUGCAGCAGCCAGUGCCCCCCUGGCUGCGGCGCCUGGUGCUCCAGAGGCUCGCCACGCUGCUUUGCCUGGGGGAGCGCCCCACUUCCCCGAGGCUCUCCGUCCCCACCCCGGCUGCCAAGAUGGACGAGGGCUCAGCCGUGGGAAACCACUGCAGCUCUUUGGCAGGACCCCGGGACUUGGAGAAGACCCCUCGGGGCCUGGGCAGCCCUCCCCCUCCCCCUCGGGAUGCCUCGCUGGCUGUGCGUGGGCUGCUGCAGGAGCUGUCCACCAUCCGGCACUUCCUGGAGAAGCGGGACGAGAGCCGGGAGGUGGCCCGGGAUUGGCUGCGCGUGGGCUCCGUGCUGGACAGGCUGCUCUUCCGCAUCUACCUGCUGGCGGUGCUGGCCUACAGCAUCACCCUGGUCACACUCUGGUCCAUCUGGCAGUACUCCUGA